GAAUCAAUUUUUGGUCCGAAAACCGUCCAAAAUGCCUGAACCUUCGCUAGAAAUUCACCAAGCUGAAACGAAAGAACCAGAGCAGGAGGAAGGUGGAACAGAUAAAGAGCAGGAUGGGGAAACGAAAACGGAGGAAAAUGAGCCAAGGGCCGACGAAAACAAGCCGAAAGAACCCUACGAUGCAAUGCGAAAUGAACCUCAUUUAACCAGCUUGAUUGUGGAGUCGUAUCUUGGAGAAAAAGAUGAGAGAGGAUUUUUUCAUGGUAUUGGAACUGCGUAUUUCCGAGGCAAUCAUGUUUACUCCGGUUCUUUUGUGAACGGGUUAAUGCACGGCAUGGGACAAUACAUAUGGGCUAAUGGUAUUAAAUACGAUGGAGAGUUUAAAAGCAAUGUUAUAGAAGGGAGAGGAGUGUACACUUGGACGGAUGAAAGCACUUAUGAUGGUGAAGUUAACGGCGGCUUAAGGCAUGGUCAAGGCACGUACGUCUGUGGUACAAUUCCUUCUUCGUACACUGGGGAAUGGAAAUACGGUAAACGCUCGGGAGAAGGAAUUCUGCGCUAUGACAAAGAAGGCUCGUCCUAUUAUGACGGACACUGGGCAGAUAACAAAAGACACGGGUUUGGUAUGAGGAGGUAUGCCUCAGGGAACAUAUAUAAAGGAGAUUGGAGGGAUAAUGUAAGGCAUGGUACAGGAACGAUGCACUGGUAGAACAAACAUGAGCGAUACGAAGGGCAGUGGAAGAAUGGCGUGCAGCACGGUCAGGGAGAACAUUCUUGGUAUCUGAAGCGUAUUCCUGGAUCUCAGUACCCAUUGCGGAAUUAUUAUGUGGGGGAGUGGAUGCAUGGACUGAGGCACGGGUAUGGUACAUUUUACUAUGCCACAGGGGCUAAGUACGUGGGAGAAUGGAUGGACAACAAGAAGCAUGGUAAUGGAAAGUAUGUAUUCAAGAAUGGCUUGGUUUUUGAAGGCACAUUUGAAGUGGAUCACAUGGUAGACUUCCCUGAAUUAAACCCAUCUGGCAUGAUGACCCCUGACAUCCUGAACUCGGGACUUCCUCUUCGAUCUGGCACCCCAGUGCGAUCUGCAUCACCUUUCAUGACCCAAGAAAACUCUGGAAAUCCACUCAAUUUGAGCAUUGAUCUUCUUUUGGAUGAGAGAGAUCUUGAUCUGUAUGAGCGUGAAAAGGAACUCCAACAAGUCAACCAUGUCCUUCUGCGGCAUGUCAGCAAACUGAAAAAGAUUUACAGUUUCUAUUCUUUUCUUGGCCGACAGGAAUCUGUUGAUAACACAUUUGUCAUGAGUAGACUCCAGUUCUGGCGUUUCUUGAAGGACUGCAAAGUCCAUCAUCGUGGGUUUACAAUAUCAGAGUUAGAUCGCACAGUGGCACCUGACAAGUCGGUUGAUUUACAUGAGCCCCAGCAUGAGGUCCUGAUGCGUGAGUUUUUAAAUGCAAUCAUCAUCAUUGCCUACCAUAUCUACAGUGAUGAACACCGUGGACCGGAUCUCCUGCUUCCUUGGUGUGUUUCACAGAUUAUCACUGAGAAUAUCCUGAAAAAUCCUUGCAAAGUUGGUGGAAGCUUGUUUGAGGAUCCAUCAAGAGCAAUUGAAGCCAUUAAAUACAUGCCACGCAGCUGGGACAUUUAUUGUGGGUUGUGUGUGCCAAACACAUACUACCCUCAUGAACCAAUCUUCAGGUCCAGACAAUUCAUGUUCAUGCUUAGUGACUUUCGACUUAUUAACUCUGACCUGAACCCAAGGGAAGUGUUGCAGAUCCUUGCAAAGGAUAAUCCAGAGUUGGCACAUGAUGAUUUCUGUAAUCUGGAGCUAGAGAUGACAUUCCUGGAGUUUUAUGAAGCCCUUAUUGACUGUGCGACAGUCUUUGUUACAGAGGCUGUCUUGAAAGGGCAUCUCUCACCCAAAGCCACCCCUGUUCCAUCUUCAAGAUCCCAGAGUCCUGCCAGUUUUACACCAGCAACUUCAAAGCCUGGUUUGGAAAGUCCAGAUGAAGACCAGUACCUGCAAACUAUCAACUCAGCUACUGAUACACCAGGAGGAGGAGGAGGAGAGUCUCCUGAUCGUGUGUCCAGGGUCAUGUCUGGAGCAUCAGAUGUGAAGCUUCCUCGUCUACCAUCAACUGAUUCUCCAACAAAAAGCAGGGAGGCCGUUGUAGCACGCACUACCUCUGCAAAAAGCACUGAGCUUCUUCCAAGCUCCCAAGAAGGCAGCAAGAGAAUCCAGUCAGUUCCUUCCAGUGCAAAUGCAGCACAUCCAUCUUCUGAGACUGCAGGGUUUGAGGAAGGGGAAGUCGACAACCUUGCAGAGGUUCAAAGCCCAAGUCUUGGAAUUCAAGGUUAUCCCAGUCAAGUGGAUCUGCAGCCAGAUCAGCAACACAGUUGGUGCCUGCAGCUUGACAUCUUUUUUGAGAAGUUCUUUCAAGCUGCAGAUAAUUUAGAAAUGAUCAAGCAAGCCCAAACGAAAAAGGCUUAGGUUAUCGCCAGAUAGGAUUGUCGGUUGUUGACAUUUCUUAGCACAAGUGUAGCAGUUCUUGAAGCCGGCCGAGUAAAAUCUCUUUGAUGUAUUGGAGUGUUGGUAUAACAAAUUAGACAAUUCAGAAGGUUGUUAUUUCUUUUUAUCGGAUAAAGCCACAAUAGUAU